CGAUUUUGUAUACUCUCUCGCUCGAGCUUGUGAAGAUUCAAAAUCAAAACUUUUGCCACUACGACUACAGAAUGAGCUUCCGUUUCCUCACAAAGCAGCUGCGGAGCCGAAUCAGAGCCCGUAUAUCGCCAUUUUCCUCCAUUUUCUUGCGUUCAUUCUCACAAUUCUCCAGACCUACGUUUGGCAUUGCAUUCGACAUUGAUGGUGUGCUUCUCCGUGGCGAUGCUCCCAUUGGAGGCUCUCCACAAGCUCUCAGAAAGUUAUACGACGAUUCUGGUGUAUUAAGGGUUCCUUUUAUCUUCUUGACAAAUGGCGGAGGAUUUCGUGAAUCCAAGAGAGCCUCAGAUUUGAGUGAAGUUUUAGGCGUAAAUAUAUCACCUUUACAGGUUGUUCAGGGACAUUCACCAUUUAAACACCUAGUGAACAGAUAUGAAAACAAACUUGUGAUUGCCGUUGGAAAAGGAGAACCCGCUGCAGUGAUGUCUGAAUAUGGAUUUCGGAAUGUUCUUUCAAUUGAUGAAUAUGCAUCCUUCUUUGAUAACAUUGAUCCUCUGGCACCAUAUAAGAAAUGGACGACUAUAAAAGGUGCUAAUCAUGAAAAAACUAUCGCAGAUCUAACUGAGAAGAAGAAAAUUUGCUCAGAGAAGGUUGAGGCUGUCUUCAUCGUUAGUGAUUCUGUUGAUUGGAGCAGGGAUAUUCAGGUACUUUGUGAUAUCUUAAGAACUGGAGGUCUUCCAGGCAGGGAAUUUGGGAACCAACCGGACUUGUACUUUGCACAUGAUGACCUUGAAUACCAGGCUGCUUUUCCUUGUGAGCGUUUUGGUAUGGGAGCUUUCAGAAUUGCACUACAAUCUAUCUACAAUAAGAUUCACCCUCAUGCUUUGCAAUAUACGUGCUAUGGCAAACCAAAUCCACUCGUAUUUCACAAUGCAGAAUCUGUACUUAAACUAGUGUCAUCAAUUCAUCAAAACAAGGUGGAUGUGAAUACUGAAACUCAUCACUUCAAGACACUAUAUAUGAUAGGGGAUAAUCCUUCUGUCGAUAUCAAUGGUGCAAUUCAGGCUGGAAGUCCUUGGUUUUCUAUCAUGACUAGAACAGGGGUUUUUAAGGGAAAAGAAAAUCAUGAUAAGUAUUCAGCUGAUCUGGUAGUUGACACUGUUGAAGAAGCAGUGAACUUCAUUUUCAAGAAGGAAGGGAUCUCUUGAGAAAAACAUGAAGGGAAGGUUUAUUUUUUUGUCAACAUAUUGAUAAUUUCAUUAUUAUUGGUGAGAUUCUUAAUUACUUUCCUAAUUAAAAUGGCAGUUGUUCGACCAAUUUCUAUUGGAAAAAAAGUAUUUCUUAAUCAAGAUUAUAAUCUUUUCACAUUCGGAGUAUUAGAAGAAAUCUAUUUUUUAUUGGUUAGUAGUGCUAAUUAAUGGAAUUUAGGAAAAUGAAAAUUUUCUAUUUUUAAAUUACUUUUUGUUCUUUUUAACUUUUAUGAAUGAGUUAAAAAGGUCAUCUCUGUAUCAGAUGACUUGCUUCUUACAAACUUAUGAUAUACAACAUUUUGUUUGCAUCAUAACUUACUAUUGCAUUAGGGAUCAUUGUGUGUAUCAUCCUAGCUUAAGGAGUUAUCUCUGUUAGGGAAAAUAUAACAAACAUCUUAUAACAAAUCAUGUUAGGGAUGACCAUGUCACGAUAUUCAUUUUUCUCAACUAAAAGAUAACUUAUUGAGAAAAAAAAAAAGGAAAACACAACAAAAAUAAUAAAAAUUGUGAUUAGAAAGUCAUUGUGUUGGGUUACAAUCUAUUGAUUGAUAAUCUGUGUUGGUUUCGGUUAAUGUGGCUAGUUUUCUUAAUAUCAUUGAGGAGACCUCUUGUUGGUCAUCCCCUCCCCUUGGCUUGUAUGAGGUGAUUUCUGACGUCGAUGUCUUGGAUAGUGAUGUGGGAAUCGGAGCUAUAUCCUUCAGCAUUCGAAUGGUGAGGUUAUACUUGCUUUGGAGAGUCAUUUUCUUUAUGACAAAGUUUUGUGGAGAUUGCUAAAGAUAUUGUCAUGUUUAGUGAUAUUUCAUACGCUAUUGAGGCUAACACCUCUCAAUUGUGAGUUAAAAUUUAUUCCAAAGUUUUCUCACAUCUUUUUGUUGGAAAUGCUAGAUGUACGAACGAAGUUUAAACUUUCAUUGAUUUUAUUAGAGAUCUCUAUUUUAGUGGUUGUAUUAUAGACGUACUUUGGACUAACCAUUGCUGGAA